AUGUUGUCCAAGAGGCUUAUUUCUGCUCUCACCACCAGCGCUAAGGCGUCCCAGAAUGCAGGAAUCGCCACAUCAGCCCGCUGUAUGGCGGUUGGUGGUUCAGAGGUCUCAAAGAUCCUUGAAGAACGUAUUCUUGGCCAAGAGAGCAGCAUUAAGCUCGAGGAAACUGGAAAGGUGCUCUCCAUCGGAGACGGUAUCGCCCGUGUGUACGGUUUGAAGAACAUCCAGGCUGAAGAAAUGGUGGAAUUCGAUUCGGGUAUCAAGGGAAUGGCUCUUAACUUGGAGCCCGACAAUGUGGGAGUUGUAGUAUUCGGUAACGAUAAAGUCAUCAGAGAAGGAGAUAUUGUGAAACGUACCGGUGCUAUCGUGGACGUACCUGUCGGAGAAGCCCUACUCGGACGUGUCGUCGAUGCUCUGGGAACGCCCAUCGACGGAAAGGGUCCCAUUGCCUGCAAAACUCGCUCACGUGUAGAAGUGAAAGCUCCCGGUAUUAUUCCUCGACUAUCUGUCCGUGAACCUAUGCUUACUGGUGUGAAGGCCGUCGAUUCACUUGUGCCAAUUGGUCGUGGACAGCGUGAGCUGAUCAUUGGUGAUCGUCAGACCGGAAAGACCGCCAUUGCCAUCGACACUAUCAUCAACCAGGCUCGUUUCAACGCUGGAACUGAUGAGAAGAAGAAGCUGUACUGUAUCUACGUCGCUAUCGGACAGAAGAGAUCCACUGUUGCACAGAUCGUGAAGCGUCUUACUGACACUGGAUCCAUGAAGUACACCAUCGUUGUGUCAGCGACAGCCUCUGAUGCUGCUCCUCUGCAGUUCUUGGCUCCCUAUUCCGGAUGUGCUAUGGGAGAGUUUUUCCGUGACAAUGGAAAGCACGCUUUGAUCAUCUACGACGAUUUGUCCAAGCAGGCCGUCGCCUACCGUCAGAUGUCUCUGCUUCUGCGUCGUCCUCCCGGUCGUGAAGCGUACCCUGGUGAUGUCUUCUACCUUCACUCGCGUCUACUCGAACGUGCGGCUAAGAUGAACGACUCACUUGGCGGUGGAUCUCUGACUGCUCUCCCAGUCAUUGAGACACAAGCUGGUGAUGUAUCUGCUUACAUUCCCACCAACGUGAUUUCCAUCACUGACGGACAGAUUUUCCUUGAGACCGAAUUGUUCUACAAGGGAGUUCGACCAGCCAUCAACGUCGCUGCUUUCGCUCAAUUCGGUUCCGAUCUUGAUGCCUCCACACAACAACUGUUGAAUCGAGGAGUCCGUCUUACUGAGCUGCUCAAGCAGGGACAAUAUGUGCCAAUGGCUAUUGAGGAACAGGUAGCCGUUAUCUACGCCGGAGUCAAAGGACAUCUUGACAAGGUCGAUCCAUCCCUAAUUACCAAGUUCGAGAAGGAAUUCCUCGCUCACAUCCGUUCAUCACAACAAGAGCUCCUGAAAACGAUCCACAACGAGGGUCAAAUCUCACCAGCUACUGAUGCCAAGUUGAAGGAGGUUGUCGUGAACUUCCUAGCUACGUUCAAAGCCUAG